AAAACCUCCCAGGGGAAUCACACGCGAUGCUGGUGGAGCAGCGCCACUGCCUCCUGUAGUGGUUAGCCGCAUCAGGACUCUGCAUCAAUGUUGAAGUUGAUCGCAACAUCCCUGGGCCUCCGGUGCCAACGUGUCGCCGCUCUACCUCUAAGCCUCAGGAUAUGCUCGACGCUGAGUUCAACAGAGAACCAGCAGACCGUGCAGGAACUCUAUGAUCUCUCCGUGGACGUUCAGAAGGUCCGGCAACUUAAGGGCUGGGUCCUGCACAUGAACCCAGCAUAUACCAGGGAGGUGUCCAAUCAGCUGAAGGACAUGGGGGCCUCAGGGUUCAUAAUCUCUCGGAUAUUAGCAGAUCAUCCUGAAGCUGUCCUCUGUCACCCGGAGCAGAUGCAGGCUCAGAGAGAGCUGUGGAUGAUUGUGUGCCCUAACCAGAAAGAGCUGGUUGGGAUCAUUGAGAAAUUCCCGGCCUCUUUCUUCACCUGCUCCAGUCACCACGACAGCCAGCGUCAGAACAUCGCUUACUUCCAGAGUUUAAACCUCAACAAGCGGAUCAUCACCAAACUAAUGGCCAGUGCCCCCCAGAGUUUCAGCCGGCCGGUGGAGCAGAACGAGGUGAUGGUGCGCGGCCUCCAGGAGGCCUACCUGGAGCUGGGAGGGGAGGAGGCCAACAUGAAGGUCUGGCUUCAGAAGUUGCUGAGCCAGAACCCGUUUGUUCUCCUCAAGUCCCCGGAGGUGCUGAGGCAGAACUUGCUGUUCCUCAGGGACAAAGGCUUCAGCGCUGCAGAGCUCCUCCAGCUCAUCUCCAAACUCAAGGGCUUUGUCGUCGAGCUGAACCCGGACAGCAUGCGCCGCAGCCUCGCGUACUCCAAGGAAACCGUGGGCUGCUCCGAGGCAGAGCUGCGGAACAUCGUCCUCAACUGCCCCGCUCUGCUGUACUACCCUGAGGAUAUUCUGGCAGAGCGCUUCCAGGGGCUCCUUCAUGCUGGGAUCAGCAUGUCUCAAAUCAUGGGCACUCCAACUGUGCUGGAGCUGACCACGCAAAUAGUGAAUUAUCGCAUCCAGCGACUGAGGGAGCGGGGCUAUGAAUUCGGGACCGGUAGUCUGGAGGUACUUAAUGGCACGAAGAAGAACUUUGAGAUGAGCUAUGGAAAACUACAGCUACGCACAGAGAGACCAAUUUUUAACCCUGUCGCCCCUUUACAAGUAGACGACUGACAGAGGUUGUAUAAAACCGAUGUAAGGGAAUUAAAGCUGAAACUGGAUUUGUACUGUUCUUAUAAUUUAUUCUGUGUCAGUAAUAAAGUGUCUCAGUCUAAA